CCUUUAUUUCCUUAGAUUGAGUGGCACAUAUCAGUAAAGGGACGUGCUCCAAAGAUGCAAUAUUUUUAGAUUAUUGAGGGGUGUUUCAGAUGAUAGGAAACUUAAACUUUCAACCCUCCUCCCGUUACCUGACGAGCGUCCUGAGGACCCUCCCAUAUCCGACCACCAAGAUUCCAGAAAAGCCUGGAAACAUUUCCAAAAGGUCCAGAGCCAUUUCUGACUUGCUUGACUGAGACAAAUCCAUUUUAGAGGUGGGGGCCAACUCCUGGGAAACCCCAACUCGUAGGAGGGGUGCCCGGGGCAGUGGACCUGGGGCUUGUUUUAAAGAGUUUAUCCUGUAAAGUGCGUAUGAUGGAGGUAUGAGGCAGAGGGUUGUUUUAAAAAGUGUUCUUCCUUUUUGAAAAAGAGGAGGGGGGAAGAAUCAGACGUUAAAUUCUUUUGCAAACAUUCAUGCCUAAGGAAGGGCUGGAUCAGGCAGCCCUGGCCGCCGGAACCGGUCGGACAGGUAGCGAGCUUGUUGACACCGUUAUGUUGCAGGGCGCAUGCUCACUCCCAAGUUUCCUGGUGCCUUUUCUAUUCCACCUUAUGAAACUUUUUUCCCGGCGUGGUCUCACGCGCGAUUUAAGGCAUAGGUGUCGACGAGCCCGGAGGCUGCGAGUCACCCGGAGUGAGGGGAGAGGUCAGGGCAGCGCAGCGGGGGUAGCAGGAAAAGGGCAGGCAAGGCGGGAAGGUGGGCUCCGGACUCCGGGAGCCGGGGGAUCCAGGCGCCUCCACCGCCACUAGCGGGGACCAGAGGGGAGGAAGGGGCCGCAGUCGGGAGAGGGGAUCCCACCAUGCCCAAAGUCUUUCUGGUGAAGAGGAAGAGCCCGGGAGUCUCGGUCCGCAGCUGGGAUGAGCUCCCGGAUGACAAAAGGGCAGACACCUACAUCCCAGCAGUGAGCCUGGGCUGUCUGCUCCCCGACCCUCCCGAGGACUGCCGCAGCGACGGCGGCAGUAGCAGCGGUUGCAGCAGCAGCAGCAGCAGCAGCAGCGCCGGGGAGCCCGGAGGCACCGAGAGCAGCUCGUCCCCGCGCGCGCCCGAGCCUGAAACUCCAGAGCUCCACGAUGCCGAAGGCCCUGAUGAACACCUGGCAACGAUGCAGCGCCCGGUUGCCAGGUCAAAAAUCAAGUUUACCACAGGCACGUGCGAUGACUCUGUGAUUCACAACUGUGACCUGUGUGGCAAGGGCUUCCGCCUGCAGCGCAUGCUCAAUCGUCACCUCAAGUGCCACAACCAGGUAAAGAGGCACCUGUGCACCUUCUGCGGCAAGGGCUUCAAUGACACCUUCGACCUAAAGAGACACGUACGCACACAUACAGGCAUUCGCCCCUACAAAUGUGAUGUCUGUUACAAAGCCUUCACCCAGCGGUGUUCCUUGGAGUCCCACCUGAAGAAGAUCCACGGUGUGCAGCAGCAGUAUGCCUAUAAGCAGCGUCGGGACAAACUCUAUGUGUGUGAGGAUUGCGGCUACACGGGCCCCACCCAGGAGGACCUGUAUCUUCAUGUGAACAGUGCCCAUCCAGGUAGCACGUUUCUCAAAAAGACAUCCAAAAAGUUGGCGGCCCUUCUGCAGAACAAGCUGACAUCCCCGCUGCAGGAGAAUUCCACCCUGAGCGAAGAGGAGGAGAAAAAGUGAAGAGUAAGAGAAAGCAGAGGAGAAAUGCCCGGUGCCACGUUUACUUGGACCUUUGGUUCUGAGGUGUACCUCUCCUCUGCUCUGCUGGCUCUUUUUAGUGACAACUGUUCGGUCCACCUCUCUUUUCUUUUGGGACAGCAACAGUAAGAUGCACCCCAAAACUGUCAAUUGUUCUGCCACAACAGGCCCUGUACUGUGUGUCUGUUUUGUUGGUGGCUGAGAUCAGAUACGGGUUUUGUGUGUGUGUGUCUAUGUUACAUGUAUUCUUUUUUUCUAAUGGAAUUUUCGCACGUGAAUAGAGGGGUGGUCUUAAAGAGACCAUCAUCUUAUGGUGCCUUGAAACGCUACUCAAGCAAGGAAAAUGUAUAUUCUUCUGAAAGCGUUUACAGAAACUAUUUUAAUAAAUGAAAUGUUCAUGUGAAA